GCGCAAGCCCUGGGUGUCUCCAAGGAUGCAGUCCAAGCGUGGCUCCCCGAGCUGCACGCUUGGCUGCUCCUGAAGCCGGUGCAUCCGGCCCUGGAUGCGCCAACGGCCGAGGCAACACGGGUGGCACGGCAGGCAGAAAAACGGGCUGAGAAAAAACGGUUGGAGGAGGAGAAACAAGCAGAGGCUCGGCCGGGCGGAAGAAGCUGUCCUGCACAUGUCGCGAAUGCAGCCAGCCAGCGGACGCGGCGCCGCGGCAAGCGAAACGAAAGAGCCAAGCUGAGAAGAACAAAGCCCGCAACAAGAGGCGCAGAGAGUUGCGCCAAGAAGCACGCCAAAGCCAGGACCCUGAGGCGCGCGGGAAAAUCGGGAGAGCCCGAGACGCCCGACGCGUCGCCGACGCGAACGCCAGGUCCGGCUCGCACGCGCAGAGGCCCCCAGUCACUCCUUGCCUCCGGGCUGAUUGGUCUUGUUCUGGCAGGUGCCAGCCCCACCGCCGCGGAGGCUACCCACGGUCUUCUCCUCAGUCAGACCGACUUCAACCAGACUGACGGAGAAAAAGGAAAGCACCUAAAAACAAAAAACGUGGACAGAUUGCUGACACGGAAGCAUCACGCGAUGGAUAGAAAUAGCAACGCCUCGUACAUCCCGAGGACGAGGAAGUAG